UCAGUCCACACACACUACACCCGUAUUAGACUUAGAGUUGGAUUCUGUGUCUCUCUGUUUGCGUCUUUCAUCUCAAGCCUUCAAGAACAAGCAAAAGGUUUAUACUGAGAGAAAAUUAAAGAGCUGUGGAUAUUAUACUAAUGGAGAAAAAAGUUCUUGAUUUCAUAUUUGUUCCUUCGGGCCUUGUUGUAAUGUUAUCAUACCACAUGUGGCUUCUCCAUCGAAUCAUGAAGCACCCCAACAAGACUGUCAUCGGCAUCAAUACCUUCAAUCGCCGCUUCUGGGUCGAAGCUAUGAUGGAGGAUGUGUCAAAGAAUGGUGUUCUUGCUGUACAGACACUGAGAAACAAUAUUAUGGCAUCGACCCUAUUGGCUUCCACAGCAAUAAUGCUUAGCUCCCUCAUUGCGGUUUUGAUGACAAGUCGCAGCUGGGAUAAAUCAGCAUUUCUUGUGUUUGGAGACAUGAGUGAGCUUGGCUUCUCCAUAAAGUUCUUCUCCAUAUUGGUGUGCUUCUUGGUUGCUUUCCUUUUCAACGUGCUGUCUAUAAGGUACUACAGCCAUGCAAGUAUCCUCAUCAACGUUCCUUUCAAGAAGAUGUCCCUAGAUCACCAUUAUCAACAUCUCACUGCUGAGUAUGUUGCUAAGACAGUGAAUAGGGGAAGCUAUUUCUGGUCUUUAGGAUUGCGUGCCUUCUACUUCUCCUUUCCUUUGUUUUUGUGGAUCUUUGGGCCCAUCCCCAUGUUCUUGUCCUGUUUUGUCCUGGUUUUCAUGCUUUAUUUCCUAGAUGUCGCAUUUGAGCUUGGGUGGACUGAUUCUGUUACUGCUGAUAAGGAUGAGGAACUUGGGAGGGAAACUUAAAAUUGAUCACUUAUAUAUGGUGGGUUUAUAGCAAUUUAUCAUAGAUGGUAGACUUUAAUAGCAUAGCAAUAUAAGGUUACACAUUCAACCCAAGUUGAAUUAAGUUGCACAUCAAGUUCUUUUAACUUGUACUAUCAUCUUGAAUAAAAAGUGCUUCAUUUUGGCAUGAUUUGUUAA